CUGGUUAAUAACAACAAUUAUAAUACAGCGACCUAGUCUUGGAAUGGUGGAUCAUUUUGGAAAACUAAAUGGAGGCACCGUCCCAUUGGAACUGCAUUAUAAUUGGCAACCAUCAAACAUAUUAAACGAUCCCUUCCGGACUGACCGAGGCCAUGGAUGUUUGGUGUUAAAUCGUGAAAUUAAGAUACCACCCCAUGUGGUAAGAGCUCUUUGGGAAAAUGCUUCGUUAAGAUGCUGCGUAGAUGGAGGGGCAAAUCGUUGGCUACAUUUCCUCACGUCAGAGAUAAAUCAAGAAUAUAGCCUUAAGCUCCCAGAUUUAAUAACUGGUGAUUUUGAUUCUAUAACUGCCGAAACAACAGACUAUUUUGCCAAAAGGGAUAUAAAACAAAUGCACACUCCGGAUCAAAAUCAUACAGAUUUCAGUAAAGCUGUGGAUAUUAUAAAACCUUUGCUUACGAAGCAGAAGUUGCAAGAUAUUGUGGUAUUCCAUGACACAUCGGGACGUUUCGAUCAAAUUAUGGCUAAUGUAAAUACGCUAUUCACACGAUAUGAUGAAAGAUGUCGAAUAUUUUUAUUGGGUAGCUGUGCUCUGUCAUGGCUACUUAAACCGGGCAAGCAUUCCAUUUCAAUACCCUCUCAUUUAGUCAAGGAUAAAAGAUGGUGCUCUCUAAUACCAGUAGGACAUGAGGCUACAAAUGUUACAACAUCUGGUUUAAAAUGGAAUUUAAACAACGGUUCAUUACGCUUCGGUGGCAUGGUGAGCUCUUCGAAUACCUAUUCAUGUACAGAAGUGGAAAUAGAGACCAACUCCGAAUUAGUAUGGUCUAUGGGAGUCUUUUCAUUCAACGAUGAUUGAUCGUUAAUAGAUUUACUUAACACUUACAUAUUUAUAUUGAUUUGAUAUUUUUUUGCAUUUGUAGCUAGUAGAAAUAUUUUUUGGUUUUAUAUGUAAAAUACGUUAUGGAUUUAUCUUUAGUCAUGUUUUUUGCUUUUAGAAUAGUAUGUCCCCAAGCCAUUUACAGGCUUAUUUUCCUCAGGUCUUCGACAAAGUCGAAAGAUAUUUCAAACGACUUCAUCCUUAAUAAUGAUUUUAAAUCAAAUAGCCCUAUUCCAAUACAACCUUUACUUAAUACAAUACGUAUGUACUUAUUUUGUGUAAAUUUUUUUAAAGUUAAUUUUAAUUUGUAGUUAAAAUGUUACUCUUUAAAAGUGUUGUGGUACUUAUGUUUUCUUUAAUUAUGAAAAUAAAGCAAGUUCAAACAUA